AUGCAGAAGGACGCCGAGACGAUGGGCAAGGCGACCAAGGAGUACCAGAGGAUCGCCUGGGAGGCGUUGCGCAAGAGCAUCAACGGUCUCAUCAACAAGGUAAACACGACCAACAUCAAGAUGAUCGCGCCUGAGCUCUUCCAGCUCAACCUCGUGCGCGGCCGGGGGCUGUUCGCUCGCGCGGUCAUGAAGGCGCAGCUGGCGUCACCGGGCUUCACCCCCGUCUUCGCGGCGCUGGUGGCGGUGGUCAACACCAAGCUUCCCGAGAACGGGGAGCUGAUCCUCAAGAGGGUUAUCGUGGCGUUCCGCCGCGCGUACAAGCGCAGGGACAAGGUGGUGGCCACUGCCUUGGCCAAGUUCAUCGCGCACAUGGUGAACCAACAGGUCGCGCACGAACUGCUGGCUCUUCAGCUGCUGACGGUGCUCCUCGAAGAGCCCACGGACGACUCGGUCGAGAUCGCCGUCAACUUUACCAAGGAGAUUGGACAGGUGCUGCAGGAGCUCUCGCCGCAGGGCCUCCACGCGGUGUUCGAGCGCUUUCGCGGCAUUCUCCACGAGGGGCAGAUCGACAAGCGGGUUCAGUACACGAUCGAGACCCUGUUCGCGAUCCGCAAGAGCGGGUUCUCGGACCACCCUGCGGUGCCUCCCGAGCUGGACCUGGUGGAGCGGGACGACCAGAUCACGUUCGAGAUUGGGCUCGAGGACAAGCUGGAGAAGGAGGAGAUGCUCGACAUCUUCCGCAUGGAUGAGAAGUACGAGGAGAACGAGGACAUGUGGGCGAAGAUCAAGGGGGAAAUCUUGGGCGAGUCUGACUCUGAUGACUCUGAUGACGACGACGAUGAUGGUGACGAGGACAGCGACGAUGACGAUGCUUCCGCCGCCGCCUCGGGACAGGGUCAGCCGCAGAUGACUCAGGAGAUCCAGGAUUUGACGGAGCAGGACCUGGUCAACCUCCGCCGAACGAUAUACCUGACCAUCAUGUCGAGCGCAGGAUUCGAGGAGUGCGCUCACAAGCUCACCAAGCUUGAUAUCCAGGAGGGCUACGAGAUGGAACUGUGCAACAUGAUGAUCGAGUGCUGCAGCCAGGAGCGGACCUGGCGCUCGUUUUACGGCCUGAUCGGGCAGCGGUUUUGCAUGAUGCACCGCCGCUGGCAGGCCGCCUUCACCGAGUGCUUCGAGACCAACUACAACACCAUCCACCGGCUGGAGACCAACAAGCUGCGCAACGUGGCCAAGUUUUUCGCCCACCUGCUGUACACGGACGCCCUGCCGUGGACGUGUCUGGAGUCCAUCCGCCUCAGCGAGGACGCCACGACGUCUUCUAGCCGAAUCUUCAUCAAGAUCCUCGUGCUGGAGCUUUCCGAAAACAUGGGGCUGAAGAACCUCCGCGAGCGCUACAACGACCCUUACAUGGCGGAGGUGUUCCAGGGGAUGUUCCCGACCGACAACCCCCGCAACACCCGCUUCGCCAUCAACUUCUUCACUGCCAUCGGACUUGGUGGCCUGACGGAUGGCCUGCGCCUGCACCUCAAGAACGCACCGAAGAUGAUCAUGGAAGCGCAGCUGGCGGCGGCCGAGGCGGACGACGGGUCUUCGUCCGAUUCCUCCUCCUCUUCCUCUUCUUCCUCCUCCUCCUCCUCCUCCUCCUCCUCUUCCUCCUCGAGUUCGUCGUCCUCGAGUGGGUCGUCCUCUAGUAGCGGGUCGAGCAGCGACAGCUCGAGUGACUCGGAUUCGGACUAGACGGGGGCGCUCGAUAGUCUUCCUUUUGUGGCCGCUACACUUGGGAGCGCCCUUCCUUGACAUUAGAUGGCCUGCUGCGGCAGGACGGGGUUUGAUUGUUCUCGGUGAGGUGGCGGCGGGUGAUGGUGGUUGUACGUGCGUCCUGCUGUUUGCUCGACUGCAGCUCGUCGUGAGCGUGCCAAGCGUUGUGGUUUUUCGAGCGGAGUUGGUGGCCGGCUGUGUUUGGAUUCCGUUGUCUGGUGUUGUUUUCGGGAGGGUGGUUGGGUGGAGGGGGGCGCGGGGCCUUGUCCCCCGGACGGUUCGUCCGAGGGUGAUAUGGUCUGCAUGCAGGAGGUGUGAUCGGCUGACAGGACAAGACACGUUUGGUUUCCGUGCGUCACGCGUGAUUGUCGAAUCCACACACGCACACCGAUGGGCCAAUGCUCGAACCGAUUCACAGCAGCGUGUCGUAGACUACUUACUGCUGUCUCUACCAGCGUGGUGCUCUCACCUCGACUGGUUUGGGGCCCCGCGUAUGUUUUUGCCGGGGGGAGGCAGGUGUGCUCGUAAGUAGACAUGCGGGCGAUCCCCUGACGUUGUUUGUUUCUUGCCUGACCAUGGGACCACUUCCUUAAUACGUCAAGCAAUAGAUACCAGACUGGGGUAGCGAAAGCGAUUGUGCGCUGCGUAAGUUGCGGUAGAUUUGGAUGCGUCAGCAAGCCUUGCGCUUGCUCGAGUCCCUGCACACCACAAAGUUCGGCGGGGGGG